AUGAAGGGCGGCAGCGAAGGAAGCGACACCAACAACGAGGGAAACGGCCACACCGGCCGUCGCAUGACGCUCGAGACGAGGGAGGAGGAGGUUGCGCGGCUGGCUUUCAACGAGAUGCAGCGUGAGGCUCAAGAGGCGGCGGCGGCGGCCGAGCUGCCUGCGGCGCGUGGGGCUUUGGCGAAGGUGCUGGCGAAGGAGGAGGCGUCGGUUCUCGAGGCGUGCGCGGAGUGGGAUAGGAAUUGGAGCGGCCCAUCCUCGGCGCCAUCGCGGUCGGUCGUGGCGGCUUUCGGGCGGCUCUCGGCUGAGGCGCGUGGCGCUAUGGCUGACGUGCUCGCGGCGGAGUACAACUACCACUACCAUUUCGGCUCGUGUCGACGGCAGGGGGACUCCGCCAAAGCUACCUCCGCCUCCUCGGAUCUCGACUGCCUCGCUGUGGGGACAGAGGCCCUGCGAGGCGCCUCGCACGACCUUCGGUGCGAUGGGUGUGUGGAGAGGGCGGAGCUUGAGGCGCUCUGCGAGCAGAAGAAGGCGGCCUUCCGCACCGUCGACGACACGUUCGUGUGGGUCGAGGCGGAUGCAGCAGCCGUGGAAUGCGCCGGCCCAGACUGCCCGUCUGCGGCGGAGGCGCGCGCGGGCUUGGACGGGAUGGUGAUGCAGCUCGCGCUCUUCCUGCACGUCUCGACCACCUCCAGCGAGGAGCGGGCAAGCGAGCUCUUCUCUCCGGGCGCGUCGGCCGUCCUUGCGGGCAGCUCGGUCUGCCGUAUCGUCGUCUGCCUGAUCUCGACCAGCCGGGCGGGCGCGGCCGAGGCACGCGACUUUGCGCUCGUCAGCAUGGUCUUCUCGCUCAUCGCGCUCACCGCGGCGGCUCGACUUGCAAAGGAUGCGGUGGCGGCGAAGGUGUGGGACCGGCCGGUCAGCGCAGCCCUUUCGGCGGUACCGUUCGCGCUCGGGCUGCUGCCGAUCGCGCCGAGGCUCACCAGCGGCGGCGUGCUGGCGGUGGCGUCGCACGUGCCCUCCGUCCUCUGCCUCGCGGCGGCGGCGCUGCUCUGCCUUGACUUUGGCGCUUGCCUCUGCACGGGCAAGAUCGAGGGCCUGGCAUCGGCCUCUGAUUCGGGCGUCCUCCGCGACCGCGAACGGCGGCUCAUCAAGACACGCGUUUGCUGCCACCACAGCAGGGACGUCUCGCUCACUCUGCUCUUUGUGGCGGGCGCGUGGAUGGCGCCGUACCCGUCCGCUUGCCUCGUCGCGCUCAAGCUCAGCCUCCUCGUCGUCUACUGGUGCGGCACCGAGGAGAAGCACGCAAAGUACUUGCUCCUCGGGUGGGCGGUCGCCACCGUCUUCCACCUCCUCCCCCUCCUCGACUGGCUCGGCGUCUCCAACCCGACGGAGUGGGCGGCGGCCGCGCUGCUCCCGCCCACGUUCGCCGUGACGUACAGCGCCCUCACCGGCGCCAUGGACAGCAGCGGCGACGUGUACUGGUGGGUGCGGCCCGCCUUCUUUCGCACGCCGCCCCCGGCGGUGCUCACGCAGUUCCGCGCCGAGUGGGCCGGCUGCGCGGCCAAGGUGGGCGUGGCCGUGGUGUGCUUGGGCCUCGCGAUGCGCGCGAGCCCACUGCUGCUGCAGACCGCGCUGCUGACGGCGUGGAACCAGACAAACGUCGACCUCUUCCUCGCCACGCUGACGGGCCUCGCGUGGGGCGGCCGCACGGCGCUGCGGCUUCCGGCGCAGCUGGAGGCGGUGCUGUCGAGCAUGCUCGAGGUGCCCUUCUCGGCCACGCUCUCGCAGGACAUGCACGCGCUCACCGUCCUCGUCCCGCCCGACUUGCCGCCGGCGCGCAGGAUCCGCGUCGCAAUGCCGCAGGACUUGCACGCCGCCGCAAUGGAGGCCACCGCGGCAGAGUGGGUGGACACGCAGAGUGACGCCGCCUCCCGCUCGCCUCGCGCCUCGCCUCGGCCGCCCCCUGCGGUGGCUGCGUUGGACGCAAGGAUUGCUGCGGCGAGAGAGGCCAUGGACGCACGCCACGCCUGUGACGUCAGCGUCCCCUCCUCUGGCUCAGCCGUCUGA